CGCCCAGCCUUUAGCCUCCCUCCCACCGCCUCUGUCUUCCCUCUCUCCACAAACUGCCCCGGAGUGAGCAGCUGCUCUCGGAGGGCCCGACGAAGACGGACAGACGCACUGACUGCCUGACACCCAAGCCUGCCAACCAGCCAGCCUGUGCCCGGCUGCCUGCCCUCUCCAGCCCCAGGCGUCCAGUGGCUCCCAGGCAAGGGCCCCAAGCAGCAGCAGCAGGCACUCGAGGCCUAGGCCUACCCUGCUCUGCCCUGGAGGUUGCAGAAUCAGGGGAAGAAGGAGGGACACACUGCCCAGGCACACCCACCAUGCGGCCCCUGUGGCUCCUCGCAUCCCUGCUGGCCCUGAGCCAGGCUCUGCCCUUUGAGCAGAAGGCCUUCUGGGACUUUACCUUGGACGACGGGCUGCCCGUGCUGAACGAUGAGGAGGCUUCGGGUGCUGAGACAACUUCAGGGGUCCCGGACCUGGACUCCCUCCCGCCCACCUUCAGCGCCAUGUGUCCCUUUGGCUGCCACUGCCACCUGCGGGUUGUUCAGUGCUCCGACCUGGGUCUGAAGGCUGUGCCCAAGGAGAUCUCACCCGACACGACGCUGCUGGACCUGCAGAACAAUGACAUCUCGGAGCUCCGCAGGGAUGACUUCAAAGGCCUCCAGCACCUUUAUGCUCUCGUCCUGGUGAACAACAAGAUCUCCAAGAUCCACGAGAAGGCCUUCAGCCCCCUGCGGAAGCUGCAGAAGCUCUAUAUCUCCAAGAACCACCUGGUGGAGAUCCCUCCUAACCUGCCCAGCUCCCUGGUGGAGCUCCGCAUCCAUGACAACCGCAUCCGCAAGGUGCCAAAGGGCGUGUUUAGCGGGCUGCGCAACAUGAACUGCAUCGAGAUGGGUGGGAACCCCCUGGAAAACAGUGGCUUUGAGCCUGGAGCCUUCGAUGGCCUGAAGCUCAACUACCUUCGCAUCUCUGAGGCCAAGCUCACCGGCAUCCCCAAAGACCUCCCCGAGACCCUGAAUGAACUCCAUCUGGACCACAACAAAAUCCAGGCCAUCGAGCUGGAGGAUCUGCUCCGUUACUCCAAGCUGUACAGGUUGGGCCUGGGCCACAACCAGAUCCGCAUGAUCGAGAACGGGAGCCUAAGCUUCCUGCCCACCCUGCGGGAGCUGCACUUGGACAAUAACAAGCUGUCCAGGGUGCCUUCUGGCCUUCCGGACCUCAAGCUCCUCCAGGUGGUCUAUCUGCACACCAACAACAUCACCAAGGUGGGCGUCAACGACUUCUGUCCUGUGGGCUUCGGGGUCAAGCGGGCAUACUACAACGGCAUCAGCCUCUUCAAUAACCCCGUGCCCUACUGGGAGGUGCAGCCGGCCACUUUCCGCUGCGUCACCGACCGCCUGGCCAUCCAGUUUGGCAACUACAAAAAGUAGAAGCGGCAAGCAGCCGCUGUGAUGGCCUGGGCGGGGCCUCUGGGGAGCACAGCAGACAUCGUGAAGGGGAGGGCAGAGCCAAGGAGCGAAGCCAGCGCCCAGCUGCACCCAACCCAGCCCCGCCCUUGAUCCUGGACCCCAACUCGCUGCCUCCUGACACCCUCAUCCUGGCUCCCCAGCAUGCAGAUGGGGCACAAGACCCAGCCACCAUCACAUGCCUCUUGGCUUCAGAGCUGCCCCUGCCCCCGCCCCCCAUCAUAGCCACUCAGAGGCACCCUCAUAAAGCUCUCUUCCCAUUCGCCCUGAAAUCAAAUUGCCCAAGACUCCAGUCCAAGACAGAUGGACCCUGGGUCAAGCGGGUGGGAAGGGGCUAACAAGGAUGGAGACAGCCCACCCCACCUGCCUGGCACACAUUCCUCCAGCUUCCAACCAUCCUUGGCCUGGCCUGCUACCCUUGGCUUCUCGUGCCCCCCACCCUUCUGCAAGUUCAUGGCCCAUCUAUCCGAGCCUCUUUGCUCUACUGGCCUCUAGACCAGUAUCUUCCUCUCUGGCUCUCUGGCUCUCUCUCUCCCUCUCUCUCUAUCUCCAUCUAUCUCUCUCAUCCUUCCUCUCCUCUCUCACAUCUCUGAGCUGGGUCCAGUGUCUGUCUCGCUGGGCUUCUGCCCAGCCCUUACCCAGGCAAGCCAGGGGACAGUGGGCAGCUGUCCCCAAGCCUGCCCCACGCGGUCCUUGCCCCCAAGUCUGGACUGUCCUGGAGGAGGCCGGCAGGUGGAGGUGAUGUGCCCCGCACACAUCCACUGUUCCAAAGGGGAGCAUUGGCCCUGCAAAGGGCCCGGCAUCCCGCUGGAGCCGCCAGCCAGCUUUCCUUGUUCCUCUUUCCCCCCAUGAUGGCUAAUUCUCCCUCCCUUCGCCUUCUGGCCCCUGGUAUGGUGGGGGUUUCAAGCAAUCACACCCAGCUUGAGGAGGGGCUGCUUCUGAGGUCGGUUGUUGUCUUCCAAUUAAAGAAACACUGUGCAAUAUG